UGCACCACCUGCACCACCACCACCACCAACCCCCCACCCUCGCUGUUGUGUGGCGAUGGAGCCGUGACCACCCUCAGCGUGCGUGAGAACCAGCAGCGGACCCGAGGAGACGGCUGAGACCGAGCGGCUAUGGAGGAGGAGCGCAGGGAGGUUCGAGUCUAGACCCGCACGGAAACCCGCAGAGCCACCGGACCGGAUUACUUUUUUGAAAACAUUUUUUUUUUUACAACCUCCGCCUCCGCCAGAACCGGGACUUUGUGUUUCUCUCUCUUUUCUCGUCUCUCUCGUCUCGUCGCUGCUCGGAGAGGAUGCAGGGGAAGGAGGCGCGCUCCCCGUGCUCGGGAUGCUGGAGACUCGCGCUGCUGUCGUGCGUCCUGGCGCUGCACUUGAUCCCGGGGCCCGUGCACGGAAACGUUGUUGGGACCAAUGUCACCGAGCCGGACAACGCGGCCAACGUUACCUCCCUUCUUACCGAGGAGGAGGGACCGGCCAAGGCCAAUGACAACAUCGCCACGGUAACCGCGAUGAGCAGCUCUGCCAGUCCCGACGCUGUGACCCAGCGGGCGGGCCGUAUCCCCCGUGCCGGCGAAGAGGACGAGCAGAGCAGCGGCAUGUUCGGUGAAUCGGUGGUUCCUGCGGUGGAGGAAGCCGGUGUGGCGGCACCGCCUCCGCUCAUCCCCGAUUCGGCCGAGACGGAGCACCUGUUGCCUAGCAACCCACUUAAACCGGAUGAGGGUGAGGAGGAGGAUGAGGAGGAGCGUCUGCCGCACACCGACCCCCCUUGGAUCCACGCUAAGGACACAGCCGUGUUUGACCUGGACCGCCUCUUCACCACCACUGCCCCCCCACCCGCUGUCACCAACCCCUCAACCCCGGACGUCCUCCAUGUGGACUUCUUCGACCCUUCGUCUCGCGGCCGCAGCCUGGACCUGGCACCGGCCUCUCCUUCAUCACUGGCCCAUGAGCUGCAGGGUGGGGACCCAACCUCCUGGGCGAUGCCGGACAGCUACGACUACCUCACGCCCUAUGAGGACGGCGUGUCCCCCACCGCCGAUGAGUACACCUACAGCACCACAACUGAUGCCUACGAGAGCGAUGAAGACCUCCGACUGUCCGACGGGUCUCCGUCUCGCCCCAGGCCCCGUGUCCCGAGUUCCUUCCUCCCCGGGGCAACGCUUCCCGGUGCUGGAGCUCCGGCUCCGAACGUCCCCGCGGCCGCUCCUCCCGCAGCCUCGCCGGUGGACGGGUCGGACGGGUUGGGCGGAUGCCGCGCGGGCUACCAGACGGUGAACGGAAGUUGCCGCUCCCCCUGCGACAUGCUGCCCAACUACUGCUUCAACGGGGGACAGUGUUACCUGCAGGAGGGCGUGGGAGUCUUCUGCAGAUGUAACGUCCAGGAUUACAUCUGGCACAAGGGCGCUCGCUGCGAGUCGGUGGUGACCGAGUUCCAGGUGAUGUGUCUGGCCAUCGGCGCCUCGGCUCUGGUGGUCCUGCUGCUCUUCAUGAUCGUCGUCUGCUUCGCCAAGAAGCUCCACGUCCUCAAGACGGAGAACAAGAAGUUGCGCAAGCGCAGCAGUAAGUACCGGCCUUCAUCGGAGCAGCACAAUGAUAAUUUCUCGCUGUCCACCAUCGCUGAGGGCUCCCACCCAAAUGUAAGGAAACUGUGCGACACCCCUCCUAACGUCCCUCAUGCCCGUGCAUUGGCUUACUAUGAUAACAUUAUCUGUCAGGAUGAUCCUAAUUCCCAGAACAAGCUGGAGGACCCGGUGAAGGCCUCGCCCAAGGAGGACGACUCCCUGAACAUCCACAACUCUCUGACCCCCAAACACGAGAACCACAAGGUCCUGGGUGAGGAGAACUCCUCGGAGGUAAACUCACUGCAGAACAACAUGAUGUGAAAACAAAAAACAAAACAUCCCCAGCAACCGACAACACGACCCCACGAAAACGACAAGGUGCGCCGGCAACAGGAAGCCCCCCCAAACCCCUCCCUGCUCUCCGUCCGUGCGCUGCCGAGUGCGCCUAACCGGUCAACCAACCAACCGACCAACCGACCAACCGAUCAACCAACCAGCCAGCCAUCCAACAAACCAGCCAACCAACCCAGUCUGCAACCGUCUCUGACACGGCAACACUGCCACCAAGCGGCCCGGGCCGCUGAAAAAACACUUACACCACCACCACCACCGCUGCCACUGCCCGAGUAACCCCGCCCCCCCGCCAGCCUCACCCUGCCGCCGCCUUGCAACCCCCCACACUUCCUCUUACAUCCAAUCACUCCCUGUUUCGCAGCCCCGCCCCCUUAUUGCUGUCACUCUUCUCUCCUCUUAUUUCUUACCUGCACACACACACACACACACACACACACACACACACACACACACACACACACACACACACACACACACACACACACACACACAGACAAACACACAUGCACACAUACGCACAUGCACAUAGUGUGCAUACACAUACAGUGAAAAGAUGAAGUCAUAAACAUGCUUAUAUGUAUACACACAUACACACCUUCCCCUGCCUGCAUUGGUGUAUUUUGUAAAAAGAAAGAAAUCAUACAGAAGUUUAAAACUUACGUAAAACGUCAUUGUAAAAAAAAAAAAAUGUUAUGAUAAAGCUACUGAGAGGUUUUGAUGUUUGUCUGACUAAUCCAGUGAGUAUGUAUAAAUAUUGGAAAAAAAAUUGCUUGGAUUGAUUUAAAAAGAAGCAACACAAUGUGUCUUGGUUUUCUUUGAUGUGAUUUCUAAUCCUUUGAUGUACUUGUUUUUUUUUUUUGUACUUUUUUGGGACUUCGAACUGAGAACAAAACCAACAUGAUUCAGACAGUUGUUGAAAUAAAACCUUUUUAACAUGA